GGGAGAGUGGUUAGCUGGUGCCAGUUAAGUUUUUCCUUGUCCUCUUGUCCCCUGAGGGUAAUUGCCUUUUUUGGCUGAGUCCAUGGGGUCUUCUGAGGCAGAGCCACACUCCGAGAGCCCUGGUGACACACUCAUCAAAUCAAGCGUAGAAUUUUGAUCUUUAAAAGUUCUGGUCCUCUCUUUACACCUGAAGAAACAGACCCAGAGGAGGGAAAUGAGCUGGUCAGAGUCACAUAGAGGUUAGAUUGAUGUGGCUGCCCAGUGGAAGAUGCAGGCCAGGCACAUGGUGCACUGCCUGGGGCCACAUCCACCCCCACCCCCACCCCCACCCCCCUGCCUAGGGCAGAGGUCCCAGAGAGGUGUGGGGACCAUGUCCCAUGAUGACCUGGGAGCCUCUUGGUCAUUUUCCCUUUCUGAGCAGCCCUUGUGGGAAAUCUCAAAAUAGACUUCAUGGUCCCCGGACCAUGACCUGCUGCUUCUCUUUUCCUCCGGAGUUUCCCUUGAGUUAGAGAAAGCAGAAGCAGGGGCAGCAGAUGUGGGGCUGUGGGCUGUCACAUGGAGUGUUUGUGAUGUGUUUCCAAGGCUGCCCUGCCCCUCACAAAGCUGAGCCUCUUUGGGCCUGGUCCUGGCACCCUCGUGUCUGAACACUCAUUUCCUCUCCCUGGGGAAGGAUCCUUUUCCCUCUAGUAAAGGAAUCUGUCCUCACAGCUCCACCCAGGCCGGACCUAAGGUGCUGUUAGAUGCCAGGGCAGAGCUCCAGCCACUCCGCACCAGCUAGAAUCUGACUCAGCCAGCUCCUGAACACUUGGGCAAGGCACAGAGGCCGAGCCUGUGCAGGCAAGAUGCGAGGGGCAAGGGUGAGGGGGGCACCUCUUGGUGCCCUAGGGGAGGAGCCCAGGCGAGGAGCGAGUGACUGUUCUGUCCUGCAGGAAUAUGAGGGCCAUGGGACAGUUUUAUCUCUUCCUCCUGGUGGUGGGCACCCUUGGGUCCCUCUGCGUGCUCUUCACGGUCUACUGGGUACAGCACUGGCGUGGCGGCUUUAGCUGGGAUGGCACUAACCUCAUGUUCAACUGGCACCCAGUCCUGAUGGUGACUGGUAUGGUGGUACUGUAUGGGGCUGCCUCGUUGGUGUACCGCUUGCCGCAGUCCUGGGUGGGGCCCAAGUUGCCAUGGAAGCUGCUCCACGCGGUGCUGCACCUGGUGGCCUUCGUCCUGGCGGUGCUCGGGCUGGUCGCUGUCUUUAACUUCCACCACCACAACAGGAUUGCGAAUCUCUACUCCCUGCACAGCUGGCUGGGCAUCACGGCCGUUGCCCUCUUUGCCUGCCAGUGGCUCCUGGGCUUCACCAUCUUCCUGUUACCCUGGGCGUCACUCUGGCUCCGAAGCCUCCUCAAGCCCAUCCACAUCUUCUUUGGGGCCCUCAUCCUGGCCCUGUCCAUGGCCUCUGUCCUCUCCGGGAUCAAUGAGAAGCUCUUCUUCAGUCUGAAGAACGUGACUGCCCCCUACUCCAGCCUGCCCCCGGAGGCCUGCUUUGCCAACAUCACCGGAAUGAUGGUGGUCACCUUUGUGGGAAUUGUGCUCUAUGUCCUCCUGGUCUCAUCAUGGAAGCGGCCUGAAGCAGGCAUCCUGACUGACAGACAGCCCCUGCUGCAUGAAGGGGAGUGAGGCUCGAAGGCCCCCAGGAGCAGGCUGUGCCAGCCGCCCUCCUUCCUCAAGCUCUGCUCUGCUGGGGGCUCUGGGAUUGCCUGGAAAGGGGCCAGGCUCCCACACUUCUUCUGACUCCUGUGCUUGUCCUGCUCGCUAGCCACUGGGCUCCUCACCUGCCUCCCGGCCAGUGCUGGCUUCUACGCCUCUUGGCCUCUUUCUCAGGCCCUCCUGGGAGCCUUUACUGUUCCAUCACUGUCAGCUACGUCAUGAGGAGGCUCGUACAGAUCUCAGCUACCUCCUCCUAGGCAGGAGCAGGACUGCUCACAGAAAGGGCUGGGCCUGUGUCUGGGACGGGCUUCUCAGCACGCCUGUCUGCCCCUCACCAUCCACAGGCCUGGUCUAGGGUGGGCAGGGGUGGGUCUGGAUGGGGGAGGUCCUCGGCCUCCCUCCCAGACCUCUGUAAAAUAAUAGGGAUGGUGUGACUGUCGCUCCUUCCAGCUUCAGUUCCAGCUGGGACCUGAUUCAAGGCCUUACCCUGUUGCUUACAUGGCUGUUGCCUCCGGGCCCUCACAAUAACUCUGCCAGCCUGUCAUCCCAAGAGACUCGCAUCAUAGCGGAACUAAUAACAGGGCUGUCUUUGGACUUGAUCUUCCGGACCCCUCGGUAGGCUGGGACCUGCUCCUGGCCCAUCAGGGUCAGCCUCCUAAUACCCACCACCCCCAGGACCCUUCCUCAAGAAGUCCUUACCCUCCUGGAGAUGGCGCCAUCGUCCCAGCAGGACCAUGGGCACUGUUGGACCAUCCAGCUCCCAGAGCUGCCUCUUCUUCACCUGGCAUCCCUGCCCAGUGCCUGUUCCCUGGGCUGGGCUGGGCUGACCAAGGCCCGGUGAGGGUAGUCUGAACCGUCACAGAAUAACUCCCUGUAGGCCAUGCUCAGGCCCAGAUUCCUCACAGGAAACUUGAACUCCUUUGAGCUCAAUCUGCUCCUCACUCCUUGACAGGUCUCCCUCCCUUCUAUUGCUGUUCUUUCCUCUCCUCUUCCCCCCCGCCAGAGCAGGCCUAGCUUGGCUGAGGGUUCAGGUUCUCUGUACUCAGAGGGAAGAUGAGACUUCUAGCUGAACAGCAAACACAGGCCAGCCUAGAUCUUUUAGCUCUUUUUGGGAGAGAAGCAUCUGGUGGAUUGGCUCAGUGACCAUUUGGUGUUUGCAGGCCAGGGUGCCACUGGGGUCGGCCCCUUUGGGGCUGCCUGAAAGUUUUCAUUCAGUGUGUUUUUAAGGAUCCAAGACCCUCAGGCUUUCUGGCAGGAGGAUAUCAGCAAAUUUCACCUUGAUUAAAGGGAAAAAGAAUCUAAGGAUUGGUUGGAGCCAAGCUCAUUUACUGUGAUCCGGGGCUGAUGGUGCAGAGGCUGUCUGGCCUCUGGGGCAUCUGUCCGGGGUUCCAAUGGAGCUCCCCUUGCCCUAUGGAGGCUGAGCCUUGGUAACUGCUGAGCUUUUUAUGUCUGUUAGGAUCCUUUUUCACUUCAUAAAUUGUAUUCUUUUAACCUCUUCUUAGCAUUAAAGUUGUUUUUGCUGCA